UCUGGCCAGAGUCAUCAGGUCUUUCUGAAAUAAAAACGAGUCAAGCAAACCAAAACCUGGUUUUGCAUCUAUGGACUGGCUAUAGGGCCGGAGCCGCCCGAUCACCUUCAAUUCUGGAGUAAGGAUUCGGAUUCUGCCUGGCCCACCUAUUAGGGGUAAAGGGUUCACAGACUUCAUUGGAAGAUGGAGAAAGGAAGGACCGGAUUUCGAUAGGCUCUGAAGCACCGUGAGAAACUUCAUCUUCCUUUCAGAGAAACAGUGAGGAAGGGUUUGAAGCUCAACUCGAAAAGAAUACAGUAUGAAUGUUAUUGAUUGCAUAGGCGUACUACUUCCCUUCCCAUUCUAUUAUUGGCUAUGGACGUAUCCUCAGACAUGGGUGGAUUUGUGCGGGAAAGUGAGAGACCCUUCAAAGGUAAUGGCCCAUGUCUCUCACUUCUUAAAGCUUCUUCAGAUUCUCACUCUAUUCUCUGUCGCUUCUAUCUCUUGGCCUCCUCUCUACUUCUGGCCUCUCUUUAUUUUGGGUCAGUUCCUCAACUUCAGUGACUCAAAUUACAGGGUAUAUCAGUUGCUUGGUGAGUCAGGUACUUACUAUGGUGUGCGCUUCGGGAAGAAAAUUCCUUGGGUAACGGAAUUCCCCUUUGGGUACAUACAGGAUCCACAAUAUGUAGGUAGUAUUAUGAGUCUGCUUGCAUGUUUGAGUUGGGUUCCAUUCCUGUACAUCUUUCUAUGGGUGCUGGGUUAUGUGUUUAUGAUUUGGUUAGAGUCAAAGGAAGAUCCGGCAACUCGUGCUAAGCCAUUGGCCUGAUUGCUUCCAAUGAUGUUAACUGCUUUUUCUUUCGACUAGCAACACUUUCUCAGUUGAGGAGAAUGGCAUUGUGGUGAAUUGGUUUUCUAUUCGCCCCCACCCCUUCCAUCAAAAGAAUUUUUUUUGCCGUAUUAAGACUAAUCAUUAAUUUUUGUAAUCUUGUACCUUAUUGAGAUCUUUAAAGUUCAAGUUUAAUUUCAACUCAUAAAGUGGCUUCUUUUGAAGAAA